GUUCUGCAUUAAUGUAUUAUUUUUGAUCAAAUAAUGGCAGAAAAAGGUCAUCACAGCCCUUGUUACAACAUCUUUCCUCUUCCCUCUGUUUCCACCUUUGUACUAGUCAUAAUGGAAGAGUGAAGAUGGGCGACUGGAACUUCCUUGGGGGGAUUUUGGAGGAGGUACAUAUCCAUUCCACUAUGGUCGGCAAGAUCUGGCUGACCAUCCUUUUCAUCUUCCGUAUGCUAGUCCUCGGGGUGGCAGCUGAAGAUGUGUGGAACGAUGAACAGGCCGACUUCAUAUGCAACACGGAGCAGCCCGGGUGCAGAAACGUCUGCUACGACCUGGCUUUCCCAAUCUCGCUCAUCCGCUACUGGGUGCUCCAAGUCAUAUUCGUAUCUUCUCCCUCGUUGGUUUACAUGGGCCACGCUCUGUACAGGCUCCGGGCACUGGAGAAGGCACGGCAGAAGAAGAAGGCGCUGCUGCGAAAGGAGCUGGAGUUGGUCGACAUGGAAUUGGCCGAAGCCAGGAAGAGGAUCGAACGGGAGAUGAAGCAGCUUGAUCAGGGGAAGCUGAACAAAGCUCCUCUGAGGGGUUCUCUGCUCCGUACGUACGUAGCUCACAUCGUCACUCGCUCUGUGGUCGAAGUGGUCUUCAUGAUGGGCCAGUAUCUCCUCUACGGCUUCCACCUCUACCCACUCUUUAAGUGUGAGCGCGAUCCUUGUCCUAAUGCGGUGGACUGCUAUGUCUCCAGACCAACAGAGAAAAGUGUCUUUAUGGUUUUCAUGCAGUUCAUCGCAGCAAUUUCCCUUUCUCUAAACAUGUUGGAGAUCAUACACCUGGGAUACAAAAAGAUUAAAAAGGGCAUUUUGGACUUCUACCCACAUUUGAGAGAUGACCGAGAUGAACUUGAUGACUUCUACGCCAACAAGUGUAAAAAAGAAUCUGUGAUACAAAUACGUACAAAUUCAGGGCGAAAUACAACAACCGCACCUGAAUCCAGUGACUACAGCCUCUUAAUGGAAAGGGUCCAGGGCCCAAUGCUGUACCCAAACCUUAUGAAACCGUCAACUUUUCUACCUCUCCAGCAGGAAUUAGACGACUCCAAAUGUUCACCUCAAAGCCCCCAAGAAUGUAACUGUCCUUCAACAAUUAAUGAGCCCUGUUCAGCCGACUGCAGCCUCCUGGUCAACUCAAAACAGGAGGCUGAGGACUUUUUACAUCUGACACCACACACCAAGGAAGAAAACGGCGGUGAAAGAGUGACCCCAGAUGUCCCCAAACGCCCAGAGAAAGCAACUCAUGCUUUGUCCUUCCCCAUCCUGCCAAUAAGUGGACAGAGGAGAUCGCUGAGGGCUUCUUUGAAAUGCUCCACAGUGUUGGAAGGGAAAAGCUCCGACACAGAUUCCUAUGGCGGUGCAAAGGCCAGCAGCGGGCCCCCCUCCCCUCAAAUACAACCAAAGCUGGAGGCCAAAAGCCAAAGCCAGAUUUCCACCUCCGAUUCAUUGGAUAGCUCAGGGUCCACGCACAAUCCUAGACCACCCUCCUCUAGCUGCAAAGCAUCGAUGGCCAGUAACGCAAGUAGCAAACGAACACCCGACCUGCAGAUCUGAACUGAACCAGCUCAUCCUAAUCUGUUACUGGUUGAGUUUACGUAUUUCUGCGGUUUCAUGGCUUUAACAAGUACACUAUAUGGACAAAAGUAUUGGGACACAUUGAAUUCAGGUGU